GCCAUAGAUCAUAACACAAUGUCCAGUAAAGAAGUGAAAGCCGUGUUGAAGAAUGCCAGAGAUUCAAUUAGAAAUAAAGAUUAUAAAGAAGCACUCAAGCAGUGUAAGGCAGCUCUGAAAUUGGACAAGAAUAACUACAAUGCCUGGGUUUUCAUUGGAUUAGCUGCUGCCGAGCUGGAGCAGGAAGGCCAAGCACAAGCUGCCUACAGAAAAGCCGCAGAGCUCGAACCAGAACAGCUAUUGGCCUGGCAGGGGUUGGCGAAUUUGUAUGAAAAAGUCAGCCAAAAAGAAUUAAAAGAAGACUUGCCAAAUGUGUACCAAAAGCUGUUGGAACUUUACAAAACCUCUGACAAACAGAAGUGGGGUGAAGUGUGUAAAAAGCUGGUUGAUCUGUACAAGGAAGAUAGAAAAUACUUACAGGCUGCACAAACAUGGCAACAGUUAAUAAACACAAAGCAAGAAGAAGGAAUCGACAAGAGCGAGCUUUACAAGUUAUGGAGACAGAUGACUCAACUGCUGGCAGAGAACAUAGAGCUCCAAGACAAUGAGAGCCAGCAGCAGCUCUUAAAUGCAUUUGGAAAUGCCAUUUCCUACUUGGAAGAGGUACCAGGAGAUGAACACCGUGUACUUUAUCAGGACUUUGUUCUCUGCUUGUCUAAGCUGCCACAUGAAGAAGCCAAGUUAAAAGAGAUAUGUACCAACAUGGCAGCAGUUUACCCUACCCUCACCUAUCCUCUGGAAGUCCUUAGCUUGCACUUCAUUAAGUCCGGGGACGUUAGUGAAGAAGCUGUCCAGUGUUACAACAGGCUUGUGCAGUUGGACAAUUCCAAUGGAUCUGGCCUCAUUGGAAUGGGAAUCACAGCCCUGAAUGAUAAAAAGUAUGAUCUGGCAGUAGAGAAAUUGUCUACAGGAGUACAUAAAGUGAGUUCAUGCCCCCAUGCAUGGUUCUUUCUGGCUCGGGCUCAGCAGAAAUUACACAGACAUGAAGAGGCUGUUCUAUCCUGUGAACAAAUCAUUAAGGCUUUGUCACAUGAUAACCUAUCACCCAGAGACUCUGAGCAUAAGAAUAUGGCACUGCAGCUGAAAGCUGAAGCAAUGCUGGAGUACUGUGAUCCGGAAGAGAUCCUGAAAACUAUUGAACAGAUUUCUAAUAAGGACGGUGACCCGGCUCUCACUGCCCUGAAAGGCAAGGUGUAUUUAAAGCAGGGAUUUUUGGAACGAGCAUCUAAGCUGUCGGAAGAACUUGUACAGUCACUGCCUGAGAUGGCAGAGGGACAUUUUCUGAUGGGUCUGAUCCAUUACACACAGAAGAGCUACAAAGAGGCUGAAAAAAGUUUUCUGAGUGCCAUUGAAAGAAAUCUGGAGGUUGGAAACUAUUAUUACUAUUUAGGACUCACUCACUGGUUUAUGAGUGAAGAAACCAAGAGAGACAAAACAAAAGCUGUUACGCAGUUUUUAAAGGCUGCAAAACUGGAUCCUUGUUAUUCCAAAGUAUUUUGCUACUUGGGACAUUACUACAAAGAAGUAGCUGGUGACAAAGGCCGGGCACGAGGAUGUUAUAAGAAGGCAUUUGACCUAGAUUGGAGAGACGGAGAAUCGGGAGCAGCAGCUGUGGACCUAAGUAUGGAGCUUGGUGACAUGGACACAGCAUUAGCGAUUUUAUCAGCUGUUACAGAAAAGGCAAGUGCAGGAACUGCAAAAUGGGCUUGGCUUAGGCGAGGUCUCUUCUAUCUGAGAGCUGGUCAACAUUCUAAAGCCGUGUCUGACUUGCAUGCUGCACUUAGAGCUGAUCCGAAGGACUCCAACUGCUGGGAGUGUUUGGGAGAGGCCUACCUGAGCAGAGGAGGAUACACCACUGCACUGAAAUCGUUCAUGAAAGCCAGUGAACUGAACCCAGACUCCCUGUACAGUACGUACAAGAUAGCUUCCAUCAAGCAGAUCCUGGGGACAUAUAAAGAGGCUGUAUCAGAAUACCUGCAAAUUGUUAAGAAGUCUGGGGACUAUGUGCCUGCACUAAAAGGUCUUGGUGAAUGCCAUUUAAUGCUUGCAAAAGGCGCACUUGCAGAUUUCCUGGAUGCCAAGGCAGUUGAUGUCAUAGAAAAAGGGCUUGAAUAUCUGACAAGAGCGGUUCAGCAGCGGCCAGAUCUUGUAUGUCUAUGGAAACUUCUUGGAGAUGCCUGUACCAGUCUUCAAGCAGUCUCAGCAGCUAAGGUCAAAAUUAAUGUUUUGGGUGCCCUUGUUGGACAGAAUGAAGGUCAUAAAGUGAUCAGUAAAUCGGAGACCUUAGAGCUAGGAGCAAGGUGUUAUGGGCGAGCAUUAAAGCUUCAACCGUCUGCAAAUAUCUGGUGUGAUCUUGGCAUAAAUUAUUAUUACCAAGCUCGAAACCUAAUAAACUGUGACAGCCAAGGAAGUGACACAAGUAAUUUAUUGGAAAGAUCCAUACAGUGCAUUAAGAAAUCGCUCAUGAUGGACAGUACUAGCCAUCAGUACUGGAAUGCACUUGGGGUUGUUUGCUGCUCUAAAGGUGUCAACAAUAAUGUUCUUGCACAACAUGCUCUUAUCAAGUCAAUUCAGUGUCAGCCUAAUAAUGCUGUUGCAUGGACUAAUUUGGGUGCUCUGUAUUUAGUGAAUGAAAACAUUGAGCUAAGCCAUCAAGCUUUUAAAGUGGCCCAGUCUCUUGAACCAUCAUAUGUGAGAUGCUGGAUUGGACAGGCCCUGAUUGCAGAACGUGUUGGAAGUUAUGAAACCAUGGAUCUCUUCAGACACACUACUGAGCUCAGUAUGCACACAGAGGGUGCCAAUGGAUAUGCUCACUGGGUCUGUACAACCCUGCAGGAUAAAAGCAACAGAAAUACAGAGCUGUAUCGCUAUAGCAUAUUGCAGAUGAAUGCUAUCUCUGCAGCUCACCUAGCCCUGAACAAAUAUACAGACCGGAUUCAAAAUGAUGCUGCAGCAUUUGCUAUGUUGGGAUAUUUGAAUGAACACCUGAAGCUGAAGAUUCAAGCUAAGGAAGCUUACCACCGGGCCGUUUCAAUGCUUCGUGAUAAAGAAGACAAAGAAAGCUAUAACUGUGCACUUAGAAACUAUGGAAGGUCACUCUGUGCGAUAGGUCAGUAUGAUGAAGCCAUCAAGGCAUACACAUCCACAGCGCUGACAGAGUUUGAUGACCUCACUGGGCUGGCUCUUGCAUACUUCAAAAAAGGACUUUUAAAGGACAGCAUGAAAGUGUACAAGACGGCUUUGUCGGUUGCAAAGACUGAGCAAGAGAAAGCGCACAUCCUCACCACCAUGGCAAUAAUUGAGUACAACCAAGGCAACAGCGAUUUGGCCAAAACCAUCCUGUUUAAAUGCUCCAUGUUGAAGGAAUCCAGCAUCGAAAGUCUUCAAGCUCUCUGUGCUCUAGGGUUGGCAAAGCAGGAUGUUACCUUGGCAACUGCCGCUCUUAAUGAGUUACUCAAGCAUGUUAAAAUUAAUGAUAGCAUGUAUGAGAAAUGCCUUAUUACAUCUGCCAUAUAUGCUUUGCAAGGGAGGGCUAUCGCGGUGCAGAGGCAGGCCUGCAAAGCUGUCCACAGCCACCCAGGCAAUGCAGAGCUAUGGACUCUUCUGUCAAGGCUGGUUCCCCAGUAUGCUCCCAAUAACGCCAAGGGUGGUGCAGUCGCAGGCAUUGUUGCGCAGACCAUAAGCCUUAAUCAAGCAAAGAAAUCUCUGCUGUAUACUGCAGUAAAUGAAUUAGGAGCCGGGACUUUGACAGUUGAAAAUGAGAAGCAAAAUGCUUUGAAAUCCUUGCAAAGAGCCGCACGUUUCUUUCCAGAUAAUCCAGCAGUUUGGGCUGGAUUAAUGGCUGCCUGUCAUGUGGAGAAUACAGCUUCCUACAUCAAUAAAACACCAGCCAAAGGCGCUGGACGCAAUGUGACAUUUUUAGCAUCUGUGAAAUCCAAGACUGAAGCAAUGAAGCAGAUUUCUGCUAGUUAUGCCCAAUCCUUGGAGACCUGGUCAUUGUGUCAAGCCAUUUCUUCAUUGAAGGAUCAAGAUAAACUUUCAGAGGCUGAGACUUUGUGCACAAAGGGAAUAAAGAGCUGUCCGGAGCAGCCACCAUUGUUGGUGCUGUUAAGGCAAGUUCAGUUCAAGCAGCUCAUACAGUCCCGUGCGCCCUUCUCUGGACCUGUUCUGGAAGAAAUAAAGAAGACUGUGAUGUCCAAUGCCAACUCCCAAUCUGCCUGGCAUUGGUUAGCUGACGUGUACCAGUUCCAGGGAAUGAUGAUGGAUGCGGAGAUGUGCUACAGGAAGAGUCUUCAGUUGGCAUCACAGCAAGGGAACUUCAGUGGGAAGCUCUCAAGCCUGCUGCGAUUAUCUCUUCUCGCGCUGAGAGUUUGUAUGGCAAAGAUUCCCGACACUCGCUGGCCAGCUCUUCUGCAAGAGGCCACAAGUGAAGUCUUGAAGAUGACCUCAUGCCCAAUGGCCACUCUGCUCCAGGGACUUCUCCAGUUCUGCACUAAGGGGUCACGGAAAACCCGGCAAUUAUUGGAGAAAGUGGUUUAUCAGACCGGAUGCAGUGAGACGAUUGCUGCUGUCGCCCGCUGGUAUCUCCUUAGACAUUUACAUGCCAAAAAUGACGAUCAGUUAAUUGAAGUGCUUUUAGAGAAUGCCAAAGUCCAUGAAGACACCCGAGUCCUGGAUCUUCACCGGCAGCUGUCCAGUAGUUCAUAGUGUUCUGUUUUUCGUCACCGCCCAUCAAUGAAACAAUCUUCCUGCCAGAAUGUAAACUUUCUUCAUGAAAUAUCAGCGUGUAAUCCAUUAUACAACCUGCAGUGUAUUGUACCAGCCAGAGCUUUCCUUUCGUGCUUGCAACA